GCGGUGUUCUCGCACGUCAUUCGCACUCGCGUUAGUUUACACUUUCGCUGAUCGAUUCGCGCGCGUACCGCAAAACCGAACCACCGGCGCGCGAGCACACGUUACACGUCACACCGAGCUGCGAUCCGAUCGACGGAGAACGCGCGUGAUCGACGUUCGAAGAUCCGUAAUCCACCGAGGACCUCGCAGAAUUGUGUCGCCGUUGUAGUCCACAGGUAACGGAAUAAAGGAAAAUCGAAUAUCGAACCCCUUUCCGGGCUCGCCGAGAGUUUUACAGAAUUCAUCCCCGCAGUAUAUAGCCAAACGGCCGUCGUUAAAACGAGUUUCAUCACAAUGUCUGUCGUCAAAGGCUGCGUCAUUGUCCUUUUCUUGGGCCUGCUGUGCCUGGUCGGCGAGACGAUGUCGUCCGUCUGCUGUUCAUUGCCCACCACGGUCCCGGUUCCGUGCAACCAUUCUAACACUAUCCUACUACCGUCGUUGGUCGAGGAGGACCCUCAAAGCUCUGAAAUUGCAAGCAACCAUCCGAUGGAGCCCAUUGACUUGGACGACCAGUCGAGCGUAGAGGACGGUAUCAGUGACCCACAGGCCAACCAAGACGAAGGGACUUCGGGCCGCAUGUGUUACGAGUACUACUGCGGUACGGUGCAGGUCGAGGCCGCUGACACGUAUUGUUCCUAUGAGCCGUGCGACUCCACGGGCUGCCACUGCGCCGCCGACUGCAUUGACGGAUCGUACAGAACGCCCAAGUGGAUACGGUGAACGCCGAAAAACCCACAUAAGUACAUAAUCAUAUCGUCCAGAGCUAUGUUUAAGAAUUUACCGCCCCAGGGGCAACCAAAACAAUGCAAAACGAGAUACGUUAGGAUUAAUGUGUUGAAAGUUUAAUGAAUAUUAGUUGAACUAACUGCAUUAUAUUUAACGAAUCCUCGAUGUUCUAUCUUA